UAUUUAUUUAUUUUAAAGAGAGAGUGUCUGUCCAGUUCCUCAGCCCGGCUUCACGUCCACUCCCUGAGUUUAUUACAGGUGCUAGAUUAUAGCCUCGGCUCGAGUAAGUGCAGCGCGUUUAAAAUUAUCGGAGGGGCAAAGCAAGCGGGAGGCUCCCUGUGUGUGCGUCUUUAUUGGACUGACCGACGACGCGCUGCAGGUGUCUGAUUCAUCUUCAUAAAGUGAAAAGUCUAUUGUCUGCCAACCCGUCACAUAGCUAAAUUAUAGUUGGCUGAAUGAAACACAAGGACGAGGGUACACAGAGCCCGGCACAAUCCGGUACUGUACAGCGCUGUUCUGUGUUCAUCUCUACAGACCUCUGCCGCUAGCUACACAGUAGAAGACGCAGACUCCUGAUAAAUCUAUUUUUUAAAUAAAUAAACAAAUUGGAGACGAGGCUACGUUGAAACUGACUGUCUUAGGGAAGCAAAUAAAAGGAAAACAAACAAACCAGACCGAAAUAAAUAAACAAACAAACAAACAAACAAAUAAAUAAAUAAAGCAUCGACAUGAGCUUUCUUCCAAAAAGCGAAUCCAAAACGUCUUUACUGAAAUCGGCAGCUGCUGCGAAGAAAACGGCUUCCGACUCAGUCUCCGGGAGGAGAAGCAAUCACCACCCCGGCAACCACAGCGGGAGGAGCGGUGGAGGCGGCAGCGGCUGUCACGGAGAGCCCCGUUGGCCGGCUGACGGGGAUGUCAGCACCCGCAGACCCCUGUGUCACCCGGGGGCCAGCCGGGAGAACGGGGCGAGGCAGGGCAGCAGGAAUGAAUCGCAUGCCACGGCUGCCCCCGGGCAUCAUCCAGACCAACAUCAGGCGGCAUCAGGAUUGAGCGGUCAGGAGCAAUGCAAAACUUCAAAGCAUCACCACCACCGGCACCAUCACCAUCGCCAUCACAACCAUCAACACCACCCUGCACCGGGACAUCCUCCCCCCCAGCACAGCGCCUCGGACCGCGGGCAUCCAGACAGCCUGCCCGCCUCCACCAACGCCGCUGCCCCGCAGUCUAAACAGUACGAGGACCUGGAGUGCUUCUACGAGUCGGCGCGGGAGAAAUCCCGAGCCGGUUCUUCUCUGAGCCUCGCCUCCAGCCAUUCGGGGAACAACCCGCGGCAGACCCCUUCCUCCUCCCCGCUCGCCAAGUCUUCCAGCCGCGCGUCCGGGAAGGCGUGCAAAAGCAGCACCAGCGCCGGGUGUGCAGAGUCCAGCCUGUCCCAUAAUCUCAGACCCAUCCUCAACCCGGUGUACGGCCAGAUCCGUCGGGAGGAGAAGCGGAGCUACAAGGCAGUGCAGACCUGUGAGGAGGCCGCACCCCCCGGCUCCCUGCUCGACCCCUGUCAGGGCCCCCUGCUGGCUCUAGCGCAGAACUGCACCCUCAUGCACAACCUGCUGGGACCCGCCUGCAUCUUCCUGCGCAAGGGCUUCGCCGAGAACCGGCAGCCUGACAGAGAGCUGAGGCCAGAGGAGCUCGAUGAGCUGCGCGAGGCCUUCAAGGAGUUUGAUAAGGACCGUGACGGCUUCAUCAGCUGCAAGGACCUGGGCAACUGCAUGAGAACCAUGGGAUACAUGCCCACUGAGAUGGAGCUGAUCGAGCUGAGCCAGCAGAUCAACAUGAACCAGGGCGGCCAGGUGGACUUUGAAGACUUUGUGGAGCUGAUGGGACCGAAGCUCCUGGCAGAGACAGCGGACAUGAUCGGGGUGAAGGAGCUGAGAGACGCCUUCAAAGAGUUUGACACUAACGGGGACGGACAUAUCAGCACUGUGGAGCUGCGGGACGCCACGAGGAAGCUGCUGGGACAGCAGGUGGGACACAGGGACCUGGAGGAGAUCCUGAGGGACGUAGACCUGAACGGGGACGGACACGUGGACUUCGAGGAGUUUGUGAGGAUGAUGUCACGCUGAGGGUUUGGGCUUGGGAGAAACUGGUUUACGUACUGGUAUGGCUCCCCCAUUCCUUCCCCCAUCUCUCCCUCUCUCCCUCUGAUCAAACCUGGCCGCAGGGACAGAGAGCGCCCCCUACCUGCAGAAACUGGAAGACCAGAUGAGAAAAGCGACCCGGGGAACUCCGUGCAGCGACCAGGCGCCACCUGCACUCCCCCGCCCUCGCCAUCCCUGUGUGUAUCUGAGGGGCCCCCAGUCCCCCUGGUACAUCACCCUCUACCUGGAAGCUGCUGUCGGGCCGGAGGGGGCUGUCACUCUGCCAAUCCAGCGCCGUGUCGUCGGUGUGUGCGACUGUGUGGCACGAGCAUGAACACACAUUUAUACCAGUGUGUGUCUCUCAGUCUGUGUGCGGGCGCGCUUGUCUUUGGCGGUGCGUGUGUGACAGUUUCUGUUUGUCACUUGGUGCG